GUGCAUGUAGUGGCAUAGUCCAGUGCUUAUGUGGCUUUAAGUGGUUCUUUAAUGUACUUUCAGAAGAUAAAUCAAGUGUUAACUUUCUUUUUGUGGCAGAGUGGGCUACGCCUCCACAGUCCAUUCCCCCAGGUGUAAUAAGAAACACUGAUUACUGGGCGGGCUUGUAUUUUGAUAUAUAGCCCAGCUCAGGUCACGGGGAGACACGUCCUCCUAACCUUGUUUUGCUUCCGGGUGCCCAUCAGUUUGUAUGGUGGCGUGGGAUUGCAAAUUGCACUACUUGGACUAAUGCUGUUACCGAAGGUAAGCAACUUUGGCGUUAAGCCACUUCGUCCAUUGCGGCACCUUCUUAUUGUAUCUAAAAAGGCUCGUUCACUUUUCUGUUUAGCCCGAGUGGUUCAUUGUCGCGACAAAGCCGGUGUAGCGGUUGCUCUGACGCCGGGUGCUCGGUGGGAAUCAGCUGGAGCUCCGUCCAUGACUCGCUGUCCCUGAGUGUGCAGUCAUUGCAGCUCGGCACGUUGAGCGGAGGGCCAUCCACUGCCUCCACCCGGGAAGGGCUGCUGUUCUGUUUUACUGUCAAAUGCAUGUUUAUAAUUGACCGGCAUGCUCAUGUUUGGUGUGUAUCUCUCAGUGAUUUCCUGCAUGCAUGGGGCUAGGCUGGGUAUGCUACCUUCCAUCUCCGCUUGCUCUGCCUGAUAUCGUUUUGUUGGUUUCUUUUGAUUUGAUGCAUGGGGCUGUGCAGUGGGCUGCUGCUUUUUCCCUCUCGGCUUGGCCUGCAUGUUUUGUUGUUUUGUGCUGCUGCUAUGUUAACUAUGGUGGUGGUAAUUCUGAGUGAUUGUUAACUAGCCUAACCGUGUCUUUGCUGAAGUGUGUGCGUGUGCCUCUGUGUGGGUGUGUGCAUGUAGCUAAGGUAACCCAGGGUACUGUGACAAAGCCGGCUACUCCCCGCUGACCGUCGGAGGUCCACCCCGUCCUAAGUCCCUCCGCCAAAGCUAAGUAGCCUCAGUAGGAUAGCCAGACUAUUAAAUCCUCUCCUUGCAUCUUUACUGUCAAGUGUUUUGCUAACCCCAGUGCCUUUAUCUCUCUCCCUGGACAGGUGCAGUGGGUUUCACUUGAGCGACAGGCUGACCCCCAGGUGGUGGAGCCCCCCCCCCCUCACUUUUCCUUGCUGUGUGCAUACGGUUGCCCUAUUUUGGAGUGCAGUGCUUACUGGUUUUAUGCACGUGUGGUGUGUGUCUUCUGGGCCUCUCCUGUCCCCCUCUUGGAAAGUCCUGCUCGCUGCGGUAAGCCACUGCCCUGCUCCACCUUUGAGUCCUGACCACUGGCCCAUCUCCGUAAGGCUUUGGCCAUCUCACCUGCUCAUAUUCGGGUCAUAGCCCACUGGCCUAACAUUGUACGUGUCUACUGUGUGUGUUUAGUGUAUGUGUGUAUACUGGAAAUAACUCUGUUUGGUUGUUGUGUGAGAGGCAACAGCCUGUACUAGAAUUGCCCUGUACUCCUUUUACUACUGUUUGUAUACUUGUUAAUAAACUGUAUUUAUGGAACCCAUGUCUCUGGCCUAAGAGUGGUACGAACUUGUGUUUGCCUUGUUAGAACUAAAGUAACACUGAGUCUAUAUAUGUCCUAGGGUGACUACCUAGGUGGCGUAGUCGACAAUUAAAACUAUCCUAGCAAAUUACCUCGCCACUGUCACAUUUGGCGUAGUCGGCAGGAUUUCACUCACUACAGGCAGAGACGUGAGUUCCCUCAUUGGUGCUGUUUAUGUAUAAUUUCUUUUGUGAUUUUCACCCAGGCUCAAAUUCCUUUAUUGGCAGCAACAGAACAGCAGCCCAUCACGAGCAGAGGUAGGCUCCAUUUGGUUUGUUUCGUGUGGUAGCGCAGCCUUCCGGGUUAGCAUGGAGGAGCAAGUGCAACAGUUGAAGGAUUUAGUUGCACAGCUUAUGGCGGAUAAUGAGCGCCUUCGUCAAGAACGCUCUCCCCCUGGGGGGUCCGCGUCUGAGUCUGUGUCUCAGCCCCCGCCUGAGCCUGAGCCCAGGGCUGCACCCUCUGUCACUGAGCGUCUUGUGGUCAUUCCUCGCGAUCGGAAAUGUCCAAUGUUCAAUAGUAAGACAGGCCUUGACAUAGCAGAAUGGAUAGAGGAAGUGCAGGCCUGUGGGCGUGCUCGCCAUCUUUCCGCUGCAGAUCAGGCCUUCUUUAUUUUUGACCAUUUAGACGGCGAGGCAAAGGAGGAGAUUAAGUAUCGCUCAAGCGCCGAACGAUCAGAUCCCACUAAGGUUUUGGCUAUUUUAAAGGAGUUGUAUGGGUGUAGUCAGUCUUAUGUGACCCUCCAGCAAGCUUUCUUUUCUAGACGGCAACAGGAAGGGGAGACACUGCAAGAAUUUUCCCUAGCCCUGAUGGCGUUGAUGGAACAGGUCAAACAGCGUGCCCCCAGUGGAGUGCCUAAUGCUGAAGUCCUCCUUCGUGACCAAUUCGUGGAGCAUGUCUUGGACAGUGCCCUCCGUAGAGAGCUAAAACAGCUCAUUCGCCGUCAACCACUGGCUGCUUUGCUGGAAGUGCGUAGAGAGGCCAUUAGAUGGGAACAAGAGGGAUUUCCGGGUGGGGCUAGGGCGCGUAGUUGCUCUCUUCCCACGGCCUAUGGCUUACAGUAUGGUGUGCAGGGCCGUUCUCGCCCAGCCUCUCCGGUAUCUCCACGGGGUGGCGAGUGGGGAGAGUUGAAAGAGCUGUUGCAGCAACAGCAGGCGCAGCUUAACCAGCUCACCCAGACUGUGACCUCUAUGCAGAAACCCCCAAUCAUAUAA